AUGACCGAACCCGAAGAACGCGUCGUUCCCUCCAAUGCUGAAGAUGCAGCCCGCUUCAAGGCUAUGGAGUCCAUGGAAAGUACAAGUGACGAUGCUGCGGUCAACAAUGAGUCGGCUGAGGCCCUCGGAAAAGCCAUGCAAGAUCUCAGCGUUACAAAAGCCAAUACUGCAAAGCCGGCUCCUGUCGCUUCAACGAAAGUAAAUGCCGCAGAUGUGGCUCUUAUUGUCGAGGAGAUGGAGGUGACCAAGGCAAGGGCAACAGAUGCUUUAAGAUCUUGUGAAGGAAACGUUGUGGAGGCUUUGCGUAUAUUUGUCUACGCGAAAUAA